GCGGGGGCGGCUGCCAUGAGCCUCCGGGCCGCGGGCGGCAGCAGCGGGCGGCGGCGGCCGACACUGGAGCGAGCGCGGCGGGGACGAUGCAGCGGGCGCGGCGGCGGCAGGUGGGAUGCUAUGGAAUAUGAUGAGAAGCUGGCCCGGUUCCGGCAGGCCCACCUCAACCCCUUCAACAAGCAGCUUGGGCCGAGGCAGCAUGAGCAGGGGGCUGGCGAGGAGGCCCUGGACGUCGCUUCUGAAGAGGCCCCGCCGCAGCUGCGCCCUGGGGAGCCGGAGUUCCGCUGCACUGAGCGCGUGAUGGAUCUCGGUCUGUCUGAGGACCACUUCUCCCGCCCCGUGGGUCUGUUCCUGGCCUCUGACCUCCAGCAGCUGCGGCAGGCGAUUGAGGAGUGCAAGCAGGUGAUCCUGGAGCUCCCCGAGCACUCCGAGAAGCAGAAGGACGCCGUGGUGAGGCUCAUCCACCUCCGGCUGAAGCUGCAGGAGCUGAAGGACCCCAGCGAUGAGGAGCCCAACAUCCGAGUCCUCCUCGAGCACCGCUUCUACAAGGAGAAGAGCAAGAGCGUCAAGCAGGCCUGUGACAAAUGUAACACCAUCAUCUGGGGGCUCAUCCAGACCUGGUAUACCUGCACAGGGUGCUAUUACCGCUGUCACAGCAAGUGCUUGAACCUCAUCUCCAAGCCCUGUGUGCGCUCCAAAGUCAGCCACCAAGCCGAGUACGAGCUGAACAUCUGCCCCGAGACGGGGCUGGACAGCCAGGAUUACCGCUGCGCGGAGUGUCGGGCGCCCAUCUCACUGCGGGGCGUGCCCAGCGAGGCCCGGCAGUGCGACUACACCGGCCAGUACUACUGCAGCCACUGCCACUGGAACGACCUGGCCAUCAUCCCGGCGCGCGUGGUGCACAACUGGGACUUCGAGCCGCGCAAGGUGUCCCGCUGCAGCAUGCGCUACCUGGCGCUGAUGGUUUCGCGGCCGGUGCUCAGGCUCCGGGAGAUCAACCCUCUGCUGUUCAACUACGUGGAGGAGCUGGUGGAGAUCCGGAAGCUGCGCCAGGACAUCCUGCUCAUGAAGCCUUACUUCAUCACUUGUAAGGAGGCCAUGGAAGCACGCCUGCUCCUGCAGCUCCAGGACCGGCAGCAUUUUGUGGAGAACGAUGAGAUGUACUCCGUCCAGGACCUGCUGGACGCGCACACAGGCCGCCUCGGCUGCUCGCUCACUGAGACCCACACGCUCUUCGCCAAGCACAUCAAGCUGGACUGUGAGCGGUGCCAGGCCAAGGGCUUCGUGUGUGAGCUCUGCAGAGAGGGUGACGUGCUCUUCCCCUUCGACAGCCACACGUCCGUGUGCACUGACUGCUCUGCCGUCUUCCACAGGGACUGCUACUACGACAACUCCACCACGUGCCCCAAGUGUGCCCGGCUCACCUUGCGCAAGCAGUCGCUCUUCCAGGACCCUGCUCCAGACGUGGACGCCUAGAGCCACGGGCACCCUUCCCCCCCCGUCUGGCACCCACCCUGCUGGUCAUUGCCAAAGUCAAGGUGUUUCUUGUGCUCUGGAGACCCCGAGGGUGCAUGCCCUGGACCUCUCCCCACUGCCGGGCCAGAGAGGUGUGAGUGGUGACACAAGGACCUUCACCCCAGGUGCUCGCAGGGACUCGGGGUGGCUGCACCUGCCUGUUUCCUGGGUGCACUGCUGUGAGGGGGAUGUGGCCCCUCCCACUGCAGGGCUCCACAGGCAGGGGAGUGCCUCCCCUCUGGGAGAGAGCCCCCGACACCUGUGGGGCCAAGGCUGCUGCUGCAGCUUCCCGCCCUGAAAACGCUGGAGGGCUUUGGGGGAGUGGCCGACCAGACGGAGGAUGCCGGCUGUGCACACCAUGCCUUGGCCUGAGUUUCGUCCGCUGUGGAUGGUUUCGGUUCUGCCUGGAGGCUCCCAUCCCCCCGGCCCCUUGUGUCUUUGAGGUCUUAGAAUUGUCCCUGGCUGGGGCUGUUCACUACUGCCUCCUGAGGCUCUUUUCCUCUGGGUCAUCCUCCAGCAGGGUCAGUCCAGGGGUUACUGGCUCCUUCUAUCAACAUGGAGGGAAGGGGGCCGUGGAGCCACUCCUCCUGCCUGGGCCCAGCCCCGCGUGCCCUGGUGCUCUGAGCUGGGUGGAUGGGGGUCCAGCCUGAGGAGGCUGUCCCACUUCCAGAUGUGGAGCAGGGACUGUGCCCCCGGGGGAGGUUCCAGGUUAGGCAAGAGGUUGGUUGCAGCGGGCCUGGGUGGCAUUUCUCGGGACCAAAUUUACCCCUGCGGGGCUCCAUCCUGUGCCUGUGGGGGGCUGCAGGUGGCUCAGAAACCGCCAGCCAGGGGCCUUUUGUUUGGGGGCCUGAGGUUGGCACUGGGGAAAUUUGCUCGAGGGAGCUCCAGAGGAAGCCUGGGUGUGGGGUGUGUGAGGUCUCGCGCCCCCGCAGAGGAAGGGACCGCUGGACGGAGAAUGAGACCCACAGCUCUCCAGCAGGGACCACAGUCGGCCUCAGCGUUUGCAGGGCGCUUCAUGCUGUGGAGACCCUGCCAUCGAAGGGAAGGCCCUUGGGAAGAGGAUGUUUCAGGACACAGCUUCCCCGUCUUUCCUGUCCUCCUCCUCGCCCUAGACUGUGCUCGGGUGCCGGUGCAUGUGGUUGACACACACAGGUGGUGGGUGGCGGGCAGAGAAUGUAGCUGCUUGGAUAUCCAUCACCUCUGACUGGGAAGCCAAGAAGAGAUGCCUCGGCCAGCAGAAAGGCCAGCUUAGCUUGCUGGCGAUGUGAGGGGUGGAUGGAGACAGCGUCACCUCUUCUCGCCCCUCGGCACCAUCAGGACCACCCCACGUGGUGGCUUUGGGCAGUCCUCUCACUGUCUGUUCUGACCUGUGUCAGGGGGUGACAGUGAGAAGGGGGCACUGGUGAGGUCAAGGUCAGCUCAACGGGUCCUCACUCUGCUUCCCUUCUGGGUCGAAGAGUGAGUCAAAGGCCAAAUGCCCUUUUCUUACACCCCUAGAUCUGCACAUUUUUUGCCACAGCAUCACAUUUCUGUCCUAGCAAUACUGGCCAUUCCUGAAUUUACUGUGUAAUCAACAUCGCAUUGUUCUAGUUACAAUCACUGUGUCAUAGAAACAUUAGUAUGCUGGCAUUUAUCGGACAGAGUUGGCUCCCCCCCUUUUUUUUAACUCCCCCCCAUUACCUCCUCCCCACCUACCCCUUGUGGAUGACAGUCUUUAAACAGAAUCAUGUGUCCAUCUUUCUGAGUCCACAGCACAGUAGCAAGAACCCACCAAGGAACCAGUUUGCAUCGCAAGCACCUCACAGAGGAGCAGCGAGGGACACCCAGCUGUACCAGUGCCGCAGCCGCUGUCUCAUUAAAUCGGUGUUCUCUA